GUAUUACGCCUAGUAUUAUCUGCAGCGCCAAACCGUGGAAAACACGCCUCACACAGUUUCCGCCGACCUGCAACGAGUCGCUCUCGUCGCUACAGCAACAACCGUCGCUGUCUAUAUAAAAAAAAACACAAUAUUAUAGUAUAUGGGUACGUCAUAUUACGAUAUACACGCGUAUACUCUACCUGUACCUGUGCCAUACCUAUACAUCACGCCAUUCUCAUCUCAACGCGAAACGACAAGCGCAAACAGUACUGCCGCCGCCGCCGUCGCAAUCCGAACACAAUACGAAUUCGCGCGGUCCCGUCAGCGGUCGUCGCGUGCCACAUAUAUGAAGUUUUCCAAGACUGUAGGCAACAGCUGGCACAAUGUGCUCGACCAACUCCAGCCAGGAAUACCUGGUGGCGCCAUCGAAGGACGGUAUGGACGAAACGAGCUACAUACUCCAGCAGCGGCGGCGUCAACAACAGGCGAUGGAUGGAGGCGACAACCUCAAAAACUGUCCAAAGUUUGCGAGUUUCAAUUACAUCAACUCAAUUAUUGGUAGUGGUGUUAUUGGUAUACCAUAUGCGUUUAAUUUGGCUGGUGUCGGAAUGGGAGUUAUAUUAUUGGCAUUGGUAGCGAUUGUCACUGAUUACUCAUUAGUUCUUAUGUUGAGGAGUGCACACAUAAGUGGUUCUUUUUCAUAUCAAUCAUUAAUGAAAUCUGCUUUUGGCAGAUAUGGUUUCGUAGUUUUAUCCUUUCUACAAUUUAUUUAUCCUUUUAUAGCGAUGAUAAGCUAUAACAUAAUCGUCGGGGACACUGCAACAAAGGUCUUGAUUCGGCUGUUUUCGUUGCCACAUGACUCUAUAUUUGCCCAACGGUAUUUCGUCAUAGCAAUGGCUACAAUUUUUAUCACGGCCCCUUUGUGUAUGCUAAGAAAUGUUGCAAGACUGGCAAAAGCAUCUAUUGUGUCGUUCAUCAUGGUUUUAGUUAUCUUUGUGACUAUAGUCAUCAGAUACGAAUCUCUACACGAAGUUAUGUCUACAGUAACCAAUGUCGGUAACAUUAGCACAUGGGAUUUUGUUCGGCCUGGUGCGAUUCAAGCUAUUGGAAUAAUGUCAUUCGGUUUUAUGUGCCACCACAACGUGUUUUUAUUGUACGACUCCAUCGAAGGAGCAAGUCAAACUAUUUGGAACUGUGUUACACAUGUCGCUGUCUCAAUAUCGUUCUUGCUUAUGGUUGCAUUUGGACUAGUUGGAUAUGCUACAUUUGGUGAUCUCACUCAAGGUGAUUUGUUGGAAAACUAUUGUUGGAACGAUGAUUUAAUCAACAUAUCAAGGUUGUUGUUUUCAUUAAUAACGCUACUCACAUUCCCGUUGGAAUGUAUGGUCACUAAGGCUGUUGUCGAUCAAACGCUUAGGGGUGGCACCGAUCCCAUUCCAAUGUCGAAAAAAAGACAUGCUAUAAUUACGAUUUCUAUUCUUGUGGCAACUUACUUUGUUUCCAUAUCCACUAAAUGUCUUGGAAUAGCCUUAGAAAUAAACGGAGUUGUGGCUGCAAUUCCAUUGGCAUUUGUUUUACCAGCAGCUAUUUAUAUUAAAAUAUCCAAUGACUCAUGGAAAGAAAAGAUUCCUGCAUAUUGUUUGGCACUGUUCGGCACAAUAGUAGCUGCAUCUGGUAUAUCAUUAGUCGUGUACGAGAUUUUAACUUUUACUGCGGAUUCUUGCGAGAAUGAUAGGAUAAUGGAUCACUGUUAUGUUAACGACACAUACCUCCCAACCAACAUUAUCCAGUUACCAUUAAACUAAAUUAUUUUUACUACGAAUAUCUUUUCAUGAUAAUAUUUAUGAUUACGUUCUAGUCUUUAACAAAUAUAUUUUUAUUUUAUUUUU